AUGGCCGAUAACCAAACUGCCGUCUCUGAGGAGUCUGUGAGUUGAAUCAGCGAUUUUCUUUCGAAACAAGGUUGAUUGAUUUUUGCAUUGCAGACUGUUGAGAAGAUGGAUACUACUCCAGCCGAGACCCCUGCGCCAGCCGCUCAAACCACCGAAUCGGACAACAACGAAGCUGGGAUUCCAACCAAUGUGCUUGCGGCGAACGGAGGACAGCAGCAGACGAACGCGGCGGCUGCUCAGCGCAACACUAGCACCAUUCCGACUCGCCAGUACCUCGACUCGACCGUCGUGCCAAUCCUUCUGCAAGGACUCGGAGCUCUGGCCAAGGACCGUCCAGAGAACCCGAUUGAGUACCUCGCCAACUUCUUGCUCCGCGAAAAAGACCGCUACAACAGCGAGAACCAAGCUCCGGCCAACCAGACUGCACAGUAA